AUUCGAAAAUUAUGUUUUCUUUGUUUAUGUACAUAUUCAGCUAAAACCCUAUUUAUGAGUCACUCGUAUGAUCUCUUACUGAAUAGUAAAUAAGUAAGUUUAAAGAUAUAAAGUUAAUUGAGAAAGUAUAGUUAUAUUAUCGUUUUGAAAUCGGGGAAUGGUCCUUUAAUCAUGCCAUCGCCAGUUGAAGAAAGUUCAAUGAUAAAUGCUGAUAUAGAAAAUGAUGUCACGAGUAGCCACAGGAAUCUAGUUGAAACAGAAACAGUUGAGGAAACAAGAGGAUGGAUAAAAAGUCGAACAGUUUUGGGUAUAAUGGGAUUUCUCGGUUUUGCCAAUGUGUAUGCAAUGCGAGUAAACCUGUCUGUUGCCAUAGUAGCCAUGAUCAACUCAACUACACCUUUACCAUCCAAUGAUUCACUGGAUGUUUGUCCAUCAUCUCCACCCAGUAAUAGCUCUAUUCCACCUAGACCUGGUGACUUUAAUUGGACAGCUGAACAACAAAGCAUCAUAUUAGGAUCUUUCUUUUAUGGAUAUGUUUUAACCCAGAUACCUGGAGGAAGAAUAGCUGAAUUAUUUGGUGGCAAACUGGUAUAUGGAGUUGGAGUACUGUUAACAGCUAUUUUUACAAUAUUAAGCCCAAUAGCGGCUUUUGUAGAUUUCAAGUUUUUCAUUGUCGUUCGAGUUCUAGAGGGAUUAGGAGAAGGUGUUACAUAUCCAGCUAUGCACGCAAUGUUGGCAAGAUGGAUCCCACCCCUGGAGAGAUCUAAAUUUGCUGCAUAUGUAUAUGCUGGAUCCAACAUAGGCACUGUUAUAUCGUUACCUAUCUCGGGGUGGUUAUGUACUCUCGACUUUGCUGGCGGAUGGCCGCUUUGCUUCUACUUAUUCGGUGGUCUUGGAAUCUUGUGGUUUAUUGCCUGGAUGUUUUUAGUCUACGAUACUCCUCAGAAACAUCCCAGAAUAUGUCCUAAGGAAAUAGAAUUCAUAACACAGUCUAUAGGGGCACAGGAGGAAGAGCAAGCUUUGUCGAUACCAUGGUGUAAGUUCCUCACUUGCUUGCCGCUGUGGGCGAUCCUCAUCGCGCAGUGCGGUCAGUCUUGGCUCUUCUACACGCAACUCACAGAACUUCCCACGUACAUGAAUAAUAUUCUACACUUCGAUAUCGUUUCCAAUGCAAGGCUUUCUGCGUUGCCGUACCUGACGGCGUGGGUGGCGGGCAUCUUGAUCAGUAUAUUCGCGGACUGGCUCCUCGUGAAGGGAUGGAUCUCGAGGCUCAACAGCAUGAAGCUUUGGAACACCGUCGCGUCGUUCGUGCCGGCGCUGGGCCUGCUGGGCAUCGCGUGGGCGGGCUGCGACCGCGUGGCCGUCAUGGUGCUGCUCAGCGUCACCUCGGCCUUCGGCGGCGCCACCUACGCCGGUAACCAAAUGAAUCACAUCGACCUGUCGCCGCAGUUCGCCGGCACGAUGUACGGCAUCACCAACGCCGCCAGCAACAUCUGCGGGUUCAUGGCGCCGUACGUCAUCGGACUCAUUAUAAGCGAUACGCAGCAAACACUCGGACAGUGGCGGGAGGUGUUCUACUUAGCGGCCGCGAUAGAUCUCGGAGCCAACCUCUUUUAUCUUUUCUUCGCCAGCACGGAUGAACAAGACUGGUCGCGGGCGGACGAGGACGAUAUGACGGUGUCGGCGCCGGUUGAGAGCCUCAUGUUCCCCGAGUCGUAGUACGGCGAUACCGCGCUGUGACGUCACGGCCGCGCCCCACCCGCCCCCACCACCCCGCUACACGUGAACACCGCACACAAAGACACUGGCUGGACUGUAUACGAAGGACUGACUAUUGGCUGAUGCUAGGUUACCGAAUUGACGCUCGGCAAUGUGCAUGAUAAUAAAUUGAAUAUAUUACUAUAACAUAAGAUUUGUUAAAAAAAACCAUUGUAUAAUUUACUUCAAAAUUGGUUCUUAUAUGCCUUUGUUUUUUUUAAGGUGUCUUAAAUCAAUAGACAUUUGAGAAGUUAUAAAUUUUUUUAUAAAAAAAAUGAUUCACAUACGUAACAAAUGUACUUUUGGAGUCAUUUAAAAUGAAAAAGAUAAAUUUAUUAUAAUGCUAAUAAAAUAAAUAUCAUAGAUAGAUGUUUGACUUUAGUCGAAUAUAAGAUAAUUAAUAUUUUUUUAACGUAUUAUAAUAAUAUUUAAAUAAUGAAAAGUAUAAAAUUUAUUCGAGAUCUACAAAUAUGUAUUGAGAUGUAAUAAUUAUAUGAUAAUUUAAUUUCAGAACAAAAGUAGCAUUUUAUGAUAUAAAUUGUGUACAUUGUUUAAUUUUGUAUAAAAUCAUAGUCACGGCCAAGUCACCUGUCAUAUGCGUUCUAAUUUCGGUAUUUUUAAAUAAAUAAAUAAAUAUAUAUAUAUAUAUAUAUAUAUAUAUAUAUAUAUAUAUAUUUUUAAAUAAUAUUAAGGUGCUUUUAGAUCAGGUACAGCCAAACUGUCAACGGCCAAAGAUUUGAAUUUUAAUACAAUAAAAUAUUUUUAAAGUAUUAAUUUAAAUAGGAUAUAAUACUUUAAGUAUGUGUGUAUCGCCGAACAAGCUUCGUUUCUUUAUGUAUUCUAGCAAUUAAUAGCUUAUUUGUUUUUUGAUUAACUGAUGUUAACAUUGUUUACCAAAUCAUAUAAUAAUUUAACUCUAGUAUAGACUAUUCCAACAACAAGAGGAGUAAAGACAAAUCAACAACAAACCACAAGAGGAGUAAAGACAAAUCAACAACAAACCGCAAGAGGAAUAAAGACAAAUCAACAACAAACCACAAGAGGAGUAAAGACAAAUCGUCAACAAACCACAAGAGGAGUAAAGACAAAUCAACAACAAACCACAAGAGGAGUAAAGACAAAUCGUCAACAAACCACAAGAGGAGUAAAGACAAAUCAACAACAAACCACAAGAGGAGUAAAGACAAAUCGUCAACAAACCACAAGAGGGAUAAAGACAAAUUAACAACAAACCACAAGAGGAGUAAAGACAAAUUAACAACAAACCACAAGAGGAGUAAAGACAAAUUGUCAACAAACCACUUGUGGAGUAAAGACAAAUCAAUAACAAACCACAAGAGGAGUAAAGACAAAUCAACAACAAACCACAAGAGGAGUAAAGACAAAUCAACUUUGAUAUCAAAUUGACGCGAUCUCGUUCAUUGUCGAGAUCUUAAAUAAUCUAUGAAUAUGAUAUGGAUUCAAAAAAUUGCAUUUUCAAUAUCCUCGAAGUUAUAAUCGGUACUAUGGAAUUUAAAGUGAUUAUAAUUGGUUAAGUGGAAUUGUGUGGUAUUAUAUAUAAAGGUAAGUUAAUCAAGAACUGUUUAUAGUGCAUUAUACAGCAGAGCUAUUAGCGAACCGAAUCGUAUAUGUAAAUCCAAGGUUUGUUUAUCUUUACUCCUUCUUCGAUUGGAACAGUGUAUACUUAUUUAUAUUUCUGUUAAUUAACUUUUUAAUUGUUUUUCUAAGAACUGCGUGUAUUCUAUAAUAACUUACUUCGUUUAUCUUCGGAAAAUGUAGACAAUCUACUUAAGGUGAUACGAUGAUUUGAAAUGCGUGAAAAUUUUAUAAAUACAGUCAAAUUAAUGUAAUUUAUCGACGUCUUAUAUCACAAUCGUGACCUGAGACGUGUUUCGACAUUUUUCUUACAGAAUACCUCUAAAGUAAUAACUACACUCAAUAUUAACAUUGUGCUGUGAGAACAUUUAAGCGUGAACGUGGAUUUUAAUUAUUUUAAAUUAUAUAAUGAUUAAUUUAUUAAUUGUUAAUUAAAAAAUAUAAACAUAAUAAUGGUUCGAGAGUUUUUCGAUAUGAUUUUAUUAUUAACACAUACGAAAUCCAUCUUAAUAUUAUAAAUGCGAAAGUACUCGAUCAUCAUGAAAUUUUACAUACAUGUUGUCAGGGGUCCGGAAAAGGACAUAGACCUUAGACCUCAAACCUCCUCUCCUCACAAGCGGGUGAAAUCGCGGCCGGAAACUACUAAGUUUAUAAACUGUUUUGUUCUUAUUCAUGAGCUUACUUAGCACAUUUGAAUUGAUAUAUAUUUCCUAAGCUAUUUCAAAGAAAUUUAUUUAUCUUAAAAUGCUAGUGGUAUUUUAGUUAAAUUUUUUUUUUAAAACAAUUCAAUACACUUUUGAUUAAUAGGAUUAAUUUAUCGAUUUCUUAGUUUUAUCAAACCAAGUGUGAUUUAUUUUUCUGUAAUAUUUUUAUUCCUGUUAUAUAUAUUUAAAAAUAUUUUACAAUAUUUACAAAUAUUGUCUGUGAUCAUGGUUCUGCAUGCUUUAACAUUUCAGCUGUUAGCAUAACUAAACUUAAACAUUGUAUAAUUGUAGCGCAAUUUUUAUAAGAUAUGUUUUAUUACGAGAGCUGAAUGACAACGUAACUUUUUAUUGCUUACAUCGUAUUCAUUAUAAGCUCAUUUAUCUUUUAUACUUUUUUAAUUGAUUCAUGACAUAAUUGUUAUAAACCAUGUAUCAAUUGGAUUGUUUUUAUUAAAGAUACUGUAUUACAAUGUGAGAUUUGAUGUAAAUCUUUUAGAUUAAAAAAAUAAAAAUAUCGUGAUUAAAUAUAUCUCUAUUAAAAAUGAGUUAAACUCAUACAUACUCAUACACCUUCAAGUGUUGCUUAUGGGAUGUCGAUGUUAAAUAAAUGAUGUCAGAAACAGAGGCUUUAUGAAUAUAGUUUAGGGGGCGAGGUAAAAAUGUUGUGUCUCCUUCUUUCGAAUGUCAAAUUAAUGAUGAGAAAAAGAGAUAAAUCAGUGUUGUCGCUCGCUAAACAACGUCUGUAUGGUCUGUAAGGUCAUUAAUGUCCAGUCGUAAAAGAAUUGAACAAUUUUUAUCGCCUCGGUCCAAGGGACAAUGAAAUACGAUUAAUGUGCUAUCAUUCCAUUAAUUAAAAUAUUUGUUAAGUUAUAGAGGAAUCGAGAAUAAACAGUAUUCAUAUAUGAUGACAUUUCAUACAUAUAUGAUAAUUGUAUAAUUUUUAUACAUGAAAUGUCUUAUUCGAUUUUUUUAGUUCACAGCAUUUGAAUUUUUGUUUGUACGAAUGUAAUGUCAAUCGCAACAAUCUAUCUUUGCGUACACAAUAAAUAAAUGUUUUUAUUAUAAUAAUAUAAUUAUUUUUUAUAAAAAAUCAUUUUUUUCGAAUCUCAUCAACUUUUGUGUUGAGUUUGCAUAACAGUUCUUUUUUGUAUUAAGCUGCUGUGAUUACAUUUAUUAAAAAAAAAUACAAAAUUAAAAAUGUAAAUAAUAUCAUGAAAAAUGUAUCAAUAUAGUAAAAUUAAGUAUACUUAUAAGUAAUGUAUUUUUGUAGAAUCGAUUCAAAUAUAAAUAUUACACAAU